AUGUCCUUAAUAAGACUUUAUAGUGCCAGACAACAAUUGGUAAGGUGCAGAGUAGUCAAUCAACAUACUCCUUCACUUCUUAGAUUCAAAGCAACUGCUACUCCAACUCCAAGACAAAGAUGGACAGCUCUUCGAGAUUCCGAUUUCACUAUUGAUUCACAUGGUGAAGAACAACCAGAUUAUGUCAAAUUGAUUUUAACUUCAAGAGUAUAUGAUGUUGUUGAUGAUGCCGGUACUCCAUUAACAUAUGCUGUUAACUUAUCUCACAGAUGUGGUACUAAUGUGUAUCUUAAAAGAGAAGACUUAUUACCUGUUUUUUCAUUCAAAUUAAGAGGUGCUUAUAAUAUGAUUGCUCAUUUGCAUUCUAAUUCUCCUCAACCAAUUUCUGGUGUCAUUGCAUGUUCAGCAGGAAAUCAUGCUCAAGGUGUUGCAUUUUCUGCUAAUAAAUUGAAUAUUCCUGCUACUAUUGUUAUGCCAACUGCUACUCCUUCAAUUAAAUAUACCAAUGUUUCAAGAUUGGGUUCUCAAGUUGUAUUAUAUGGUGAUGAUUUUGAUUCUGCUAAACAAGAAUGUGCCAGAUUGAGUGAAGAACAAGGUUUAAUUGAUAUCCCACCUUUUAACCAUCCUUAUGUUAUUGCUGGUCAAGGUACUAUUGCUUUGGAAAUUACUAGACAAUUGAGAUUGGAUAAAUUGGAUGCAAUUUUUGUUCCUGUUGGUGGCGGUGGUUUAAUUGCUGGUGUUGCUGUUUAUUUGAAACAAAUUGCUCCUCAUGUCAAAAUCAUUGGUGUUGAAACUUAUGAUGCUGAUGCUUUAUAUCAAUCUUUGAAGAAUGAUUCUCUGACCGUUUUGGAUAGAGUUGGUUUAUUUGCCGAUGGUACCGCUGUUAAAGUUUUGGGUGACGAAACUUGGAGACUUGCCAGAGAAUUGGUUGAUGAAGUUGUUCGUGUUAAUACUGAUGAAUUGUGUGCUGCCAUCAAAGAUAUUUUUGAGGAUACUAGACUGAUUACUGAACCAUCCGGUGCUUUAUCUGUUGCUGGUUUGAAAAAGUAUAUUGAAGAACAUCCAGAAAUUGAUCAUUCUGAUAAAACUUAUGUUCCUGUUUUAUCCGGAGCCAAUAUGAAUUUUGAUAGAUUGAGAUUUGUUAGUGAAAGAGCUGUUUUGGGUGAAGGUAAAGAAGUUUCAUUGGCAGUUACUAUUCCAGAAAAACCGGGUGAAUUUGCUAGAUUACAAAAUAUCAUUAACCCAAGAGCCAUUACUGAAUUUUCUUAUAGAUGCAGUGGCAAAGAUACUGCCAAUAUUUUUGUUUCAUUUAAUGUUGUUGACAAGAACAGAGAAAAGGCUUCAGUUAUUGAUGAAAUGACUACUGCUGGUUAUGAAGUUGUUGAUAUUUCCGAUAACGAAUUGGCUAAAUCCCAUGGUCGUUAUUUGGUUGGUGGUAAAGCACCAGUUGAAAAGACUGUUCAAGAAAAGAUUUAUCAAUUUGAAUUCCCAGAAAAACCGAAUGCUUUGUUUAACUUUUUACAAGCUUUAAAGAGUGAUUGGGAUAUCAGUUUAUUUAAUUACAGAAACCAUGGUCAUGAUGUUGGUAAGAUUUUAUGUGGUUUCACUCUUCCUGAAGGUUCUGAAAAGGAUUUCCAACAAUUCUUGAAGAAUGUUGGUUAUACUUUUGUUGAUGAAUCCGAUAAUGUCUUCUAUAAGAAAUUCUUGAGAGAUUAA